AUGUGCUACUACAUGCCUAAUAAACCCCCAUGCACCUGCACCUACCUCCAGCUAAUCCAGCCCUGCCCGCGAGUCCGCGUCUUCGCUGUCCCGGGAAGCUCCACGCCCCUAAUCCAAGCCUGUCCUAUCCGGUACAUCGCUCGCGGCGUCGGGCAGCGCUUCUGCGCGCUGUGCAGCCGGGCCGCGGCUUUCGGCGGUAGAACCACGAACGCCGCGGUUGGCCUCGUGGGAUACCCAGAACAGCAGGGAUUUGGGGGCUCGCAGUUGGAAACGCCAUCUCAUCAGUCGCAGCAGCAAGUUACGCCGAUUGAUCCGUGCCUUGUCGGAGGAGGGAUUCCGAUUGGGAAUUUGUUGCUCCCGAUGGGGGAGGAGAGUACGGGGGAGUUGGAGACUGCUGGGGAAGUGGGGAGAAGGGAUGAGGCGGGACUGAGCGCGCAGGGCUCUUGUUCUUCGGAGUUGUCGAUACAGUCGUUGCUGGUGCAGGAUGAGUCGGGGAAAGGGCUGGUUGCUGAUGGGGAGGUUGGUGAAGUGCGGACAAUCCAGGCUGCGCCUGUGGUGUAUGAAGAAGGAUCAAACGGGGAGAACGAGGAAGUGAGAGUUAAUCGAAAGGAGGGUAAGGCAGAAGAUCAUACCAGGGAGGUUGGAAGGCCCGAUCCCGAGGGAAAGGCUACUGUUCAGAGCAUGCAGAUAGUUCUUGACCCGGAUGAGAAGACUUCUGAAAGCAGAUGA